AUGGAUUACAAGGAUACACAUGUUACCACUGCUGUACGUGGUACAAUUGGGUAUAUUUCUCUCGAGUACCUCUCCACUGGAAAGUCUUCAGAGAAAACUGAUGUUUUUGGGUAUGGAGUCCUGCUUCUGGAGCUCAUCACUGGAUAUAGGGUGAAAGGAAUUCUGAACGACAGGAAGGUGGAAACACUAGUCGAUGCAGAUAUGGAGGGAAACUAUGUCGAAGAUGAGGUGGAGCAACUUAUCCAGGUGGCUCUGCUCUGCACGCUGAGCUCCCCAAUGGAACGUCCCAAGAUGUCGGAAGUUGUCAGAAUGCUUGAAGGUGAUGGGUUGGCAGAUAGGUGGGAAGAGUGGUAG